CUCUGAGGGAGUCAGGCGGGAAAGGGCGGGGUUAGGUUUGAACCGUUGGCUGCGCUUGACUGGGCGCCUAGCAGCCGCGGCGGUCCUCAUCCCUCAAAUUUCCUCUUCGAGCCUGAGCAGCAGCCCGUCUUUUGGGGUCGCUUCGUUCUGUCCCGCUGAUAGCGGGAAAAGGGAGGUGCAGGCUUGUAAGGCCGGGAGGGUUUAGGGUUCCCUAAGCCACCUCAGUUUCCUACAACCACCACAGUCCACUUCUACAGCAUCUCCUGUAGCCUCACCCUUGUUGGGGGAAGUGGGGUUGUGGCACCCCUUUUUCUCUGGCAAGGUGAAAAGCUGCGCCUAAACCCUCAACGUCGUGGACAGUGCGAGUGAUUCUUUUAAAAACCUCUAUACACAUACUGUUUCAUGAGCACAAUGAGUGGUGAAGAAGAAACUCUGGAGAAACUGGAUGCAGAAUUUGAUCACUAUGUUGUGGAUAUGAAGCCUUAUGUUUUGAAACUGCCUCAUAAAUCAGAACGUCAAAGAUGCGCCCUUUGGAUUAAAAAACUUUGUGAGCCUGCAGGUGCAGGCGCAGGGACUGUUGGUAGGAAGAACCGGAACUUGUAUGCAAAGCUGCUUCUGCAUAUGCUGAAGAGGGGGGUGCUGGAAGGCCCCUUUACUCAUAAACCAGAAACAGGAACAUUGAAAACUCUUCCUUCAUACAUGUCAAUCUAUUUUGAUGAACCAAAUUCAACAAGAGUAUGGAGUGGCAGUCAAGAAGAUUUACCUGAUUGGGUCAUGGGAGAGCUGGGACAAAGCGAUCCUAAACCGGAUGAGUCUUGGAAACUUUCUUUUAGAGAGGAAUCUGCUCUGGUAACCUCACCACUUGUACGCAGGGAACAGUAUACAUAUAAUGGGAAACUAGCACUAAAGUCCCGUUCUAUGAGUCCACCUCAUCGGUCAGAAGAUAACAACUUUCCCUCAGCGACACCAGAAGAUCGUCGCACAAAAAAAAUUUCUUUGGAUGACAGUGACCUUGAAGCCCGUUUCAACAGUUGGAAUCUGGGGCUUGAGAAUCCUAGAUAUUUACGUGAAAAACCUAUACCACUUUCAUUGAUGUCUCCCAAGAUGAAUGUGAGGAAGCACACCAGUUCUCAGGAUGAACACACAUUUUUCCAUAUGCAUGAAAAGGAGAUGGAGAUGAAAACAAAGCUAAUGGAAGCUAGAAUUCAUGAAGAAAAGCUUAAAUUACAGCAGAAGCAUGAUGCAGAUGUUCAGAAGAUUUUGGACAGAAAGAAUAAUGAACUAGAGGUACUGAAGACUCUGUACAAAACUAAGCAGAGUGAAGCUGAAGACACUAUUCGAAAACUUGAAAAAAAAGUUCAGAUGCUUGUCCGUGAAUCACAAGUUGUUAGAGAAGCUAAGGAAAAACAAAUUGUGGAGCUAAAAAAGUUGUGUGAGCAAAGUACAGAUUCCUUGAACAAUGAAUGGGAGAAAAGGCAGACAUUUUGUGACGGACACUAUGACACUUUGUCAGAACUCCAAAUGGCCCAAAAAAGGUUGGCGACCCCUGGGUUCACAAAGUUCCAUAAUGCUGUGGCUGAAAUGGAAAAGGAAAAGUUUGACCUUCAGAAAAAACACACAGAAAAUAUCCAGGAAUUACUGGAGGAUACAAAUGCACGUCUCAGUAAAAUGGAAGCAGAAUAUUUGGCACAAAUCAAGGCAACUAACCAGAUGGUCAAAGAGCUGGAGGCCCGUGUCCAUCAACUGACCGUGGAAGCAGAAACCAGUAAUUUGCAGCGUCAGAAGUUGUCUCAAGAAAAGACCAAUCUGGAGCAAUCCUACCAGGCUGUGUAUGCAGAGCUUGAAGAAGUCAAGGCAAGGUGUAAUUCACUUCAAAAAGAAAAGGGGCAUAUUGUACAAGACUAUGAGCAGAACAUUCAACAGCUUCAAAGCAAAUAUGAUGCUGACCUAAAUUUGAUGAAACAGGAGCAUGCUCUUUCUGCAGCGAAGGCAUCUGAUGUGAUUGAAGAAUUAGAACAGUGUGUGUCUCAAUUAAAGCAACAGUUACUAGAAUCAGAACAUCAAAGGCAGCAACAGCUGAGGGAUCAAGAACAGACCUUUUUGCAGGAGAAAGUUCAUUUAGAAAGAGCUCAUGAAAAAAAGAUUCAUGGAUUGCAGAAUGAUUUUGAUAAAGAGAGAAUGGAUUCUCAUAAGAGAAUACGAAAAAUGGAAGACAUGCUGAGGGAGAAGGAGGAGCAUCUGACUCGGGUGAUGGAGGUACAGAGGCUGCAGGCCCAGCAGGCUGAUGCAGCCCUAGAGGAGUUUAAGCGGCAGGUGGAGCUGAACUCAGAAAAAGUCUACACUGAAAUGAAAGAGCAGAUGGGAAGAGUGGAAGCAGAUCUAAGCAGAUCAAAAUCUCUCCGCGAAAAACAGUCAAAAGAAUUCUCUUGGCAGCUGGAGGAGCUCAAGCAAAGAUAUGAACAACAGAUAGUAGAGCUGAAACUGGAGCAUGAACAGGAGAAGACGCACCUAUUCCAACAGCAUAACACAGGAAAGGAUUGCCUGGUCCGAGAACAUGAACGGGAAAUUGAGAAACUAGAAAAAAAGCUUCAGGCUGCCAUGACAGAGUACGACAACAAAACUCAAGAAUACAGGAAGCGAGAUGCGCAGAUCAUUUGUGAUAUGGAAGCCCAGAUCCAUGCACUGAGAGAAGAGCUCAUUCAGGUGAAUACUCAGAGAAAACAGCAGCUAGUUGAACUUAGCCUUCUUAGAGAAGAAGAAAAACAAAGAGCUAUUCGGAACCAUGAGACUGCCAUGAACAAGCUGAAAGCUGAGUCAGAAAAAAUGAUGCUAGACCUGAAAAAGGCUAAUGCUGCUGAAAUGGAGAUUGCACUGGAAAAGGCCAACAGCAGGUUGAAGCAGAUUGAAAAGGAAUACAGUCAGAAGUUUGCCAAAUCUUCACAGAUCAUAGCUGACCUUAAGACAACCAUUUCCUCUCUGACAGAGGAAAGCAACCAGCAGCAGCUUGCUGCAGAAAGGCGUCUGCAGGAUGUUUUACAAAAGUUUGAAGAUGAGAAGCAGCAGCUGAUUAGAGAUAAUGACAGAGCAAUCAAGGGCUUGCAAGAUGAAAUUGAGACGUAUUGCCAUCAGUUUCAUUCUGUGGAAAAAAAGUUACAACACAGAGAUCUGGAGACACAGGAACAGCUGACUUCUAUACAGCAAGAAUAUGAAACCAAACUUAAAGGCCUGAUGCCAGCAUCUUUGAGACAGGAACUUGAAGACACAAUUCAUUCACUAAAAUCUCAGGUAAAUUUUCUGCAGAAAAGGGCAUCCAUCCUACAGGAGGAACUGAGUACAUAUCGUACCAGAAGGUAACUGUUGGAGCUGACAUUUCUUCAAGUGUCUAAUGGACUUCUUUCAGCAGGUUUGAAGAUUUGGAUCUUGUGAACUAAUCUGAAAGAUCAGUGGUUGUUUUGUUAAAUCAGACAAUGUAAUUAAGUUAAUGAAAGUGCAUCUUUCAUACAUAACAGUAUUUUAAGUUAUCAUUUAUUUGAAUUAUUUUUAUCAUUAUAUUACAGAUUUUUAAACUUUUGAUAUAUUGGAUAUCUGUAUAUGUCAAUAUACUUACUGAAAAACUUAAUUUUGUUUGCUCAUAUUACUUUAGUUACUGACUUUCUGCUGCAAUUUUGUUCACU